AUGACGCAGAACCCUACGCUUACCCUACAGGAGAAGCUGGCCGUAGUGCCCGCGAUGCUCGCUGUUCUCAUGGCUACGCUAUACGCUGCCAUUCAAUGGCACUUCAUCGAUGAUUUCGAGCGCGCCGCCUCCUUCGACCGCCAUAUUCGGAACGCUAUCCACCGACAGCUGACGACUUCACUGAACGUUCGGCAACUGCAGUUUAUCCUGGGCACCACGAAGGCGACAUUUGAAAAAUGGGUGAAGGCGAACCCUGAAGCGUAUUGUGAAACAGACGUGGCACAUGAAGGGACCUAUAUCCAUUGGCUCGGAGGGCCAUACGCGGGCAAAAUCAUAUUCCACAUUCACGGUGGUGACAACAUUCUACCCCCGUCGGCGGGACAUCUCGCCUAUCUUCUCAACCUCCGCGAAGCCAUAUGCGAAGCGGGCGGCGACACUAUUGCGGUAGCUGUCGUGGAGUAUGCCUCCGUCCCGCACAAAUCCUACCAGACGCGAUUGCGUGAAGCCAACGCCGCCCUCGAAGAGCUCUUGUCGUAUGAGGGGAUCGAACCCUCAAAGAUCAUCCUUUCAGGCGACUCGGCCGGCGCGCACAUCCUACUAGGAUUGUUGUCUCAGCUCCUACAGUCACAUCCCGACCUUCCCGCGCCACCACUACUGCGCAACACUUUCGGAGGACUCUUGCUCAUCUCGCCUCGCGUCUCGAGCUCGACCAGCGCCGGUUCCUUUGCCCAAAACUCGCACCGCGACGUCAUCACUCGUGAGACGGUUACUCGCUGGUUCUCUGCCUGUCAAGACAGCAAUAGCCUUGCGCAAGACGGGUACUAUAUGGACCCCGCGGACGCACCUGCAAGCUGGUGGAAUGGGCUGAGCGCCGUAGUGUCCGAGGUCUUCAUUUCUGCCGGAGAGCAUGAGUGCAUGCGAGACGAUAUCCUACGAUUCGCGGAAAGCUGGGAGACCUUACCUGGCAUACAAAUCCGCCUUGUGAUCGAAGAGAAGGAAGCAUGGAUGCUCGAUCGGCACGAGUCGUCUUGGGUCUGGGAGUGGAUCUUGUUGAACCCUCUCGAACUCACGUUCAGCGUGGAGGCAGCGCCAGGAGCGGCGGAUCGUGAACGGGGCGGUGGGAGGAGACGCGCAGAGCGAAAGAAGAGGAAGGAGAAACGCGGAAGAGGCGUACGAGGCUUUUUGUGA